CCGCGGCGAGGUGCCACGAGACACCGCGCACCACACCGAACUGAGGGAUUCAAUUCAAUUAAUAAAAACCAGCGCUUGGCUUGGCCUCUAGCGCCAGCGGGUACGAACGCCUGUACUUGCACCGGCCCGCGACGUCGUGGUGCGACAAGCAAGGGAAGCGAGGCACAGAGACGGCGGUGGGCGUGUCGUAGCGAGGAGGAGGAGGAGGACGACGGAGGAGCUGAGGUAGCAAGGCACCAUGCAGGGGGAGGAGAAGAGGGGGAAGGUGAAGAAGGGGUGGCUGGCGGUGCGCGUCGGCGCCGAGGGCGACGAGGGCGGCUUCCAGCGCUUCGUCAUCCCCAUCGCCUACCUCUACCACCCGCUCUUCCGGCGGCUGCUGGAGGCCGCGCGCGACGCCUACGGCUACGACUACUCGGCGGGGCCGCUGCGCCUGCCGUGUUCCGUCGACGAGUUCCUCCGCCUGCGCGCGCUCGUCGAGCGGGACACGCAGGCGGCGGCGCCGGCCUCCUCGUCCUCGCACCGCGUGCACGCCGGCGGCCACGGCCACUACUCCCUCUCCCCGUGCACCCGCGCCAAGGUCAGCUCCUGAAGAUGGUUUCGUCAUCAGGAGGGCCUGCCUGCCCAGCUGCCCUGUGCCUGGUCGAGUCGAGGCGUCGACCUCGGCUUCCAUCCAUCAUGUCGUGCCCGCCCGGCGCGACCGCGAGGAGUCCAUGCCCAUCGAUCGAGCCCGGAGGUGUAGAGAGAGACAUGAGGCGGUAGUUGUAGAUUAGUCUUGGGGGUGCUUCCUCUUUGAUUUCGAGUGCUGGCUUUGGCCUUCUCUUUUUGCGUCUGAUUUUGCCGAUGCGCAUGUACUAUAUAUUUAUAGAUGCAUCGAUGUAUAAUUACUAGCUGAAUUGACACUCCAUACAGAUACAGCUCUUUGCUACUCCA